GCUCGAGCAGUGCGGGACAGUGGCGCUGAGCUGUACAUCGGCACGCAGACCAAACCUGUCUGCAGCAAAACAACAAACACCUUGCAUUUGGAGUAUUCAGCAGUGCGCUACUCAAGAAAUACAUUCCAACUCGGAUAUAUUCACUUCUUAACCAUGGCUAUGACAGAGGCUGGGUGCGAUUUGACUUACUGCAAAAUGCGUGGGAUCAUGUCAGUUCUGACUGCUUUUAUCAAGGAGAGAAAAAUGGGUCUGAACGACUUCAUUCAGAAGCUUGUGUCCAAUCCGCAUAUUUGUCAGCAUGCUGCAGUUGAAUCAUUCCUAAAAAUCGAUGAGAACCAGAAUGAGGCAAUGGGAGGUGGGCUCAAGUCAAACUCGCUAUGUCUGACUGGACCAAGAAGCUCUCUGGCAGAAGAGACUCAGAUUAAGCCGUGUGACUUUGACUACCUGAAAAUCAUUGGCAAAGGAAGCUUUGGAAAGGUCCUUUUGGCGAGGCACAAGGAGACUGCUCAGUACUAUGCCGUAAAAGUCCUGCAGAAGAAGAUCAUCCUGAAGAAGAAAGAGCAAAAGCAUAUCAUGGCGGAGAGGAGUGUGCUAAUGAAGAACAUCAAGCAUCCAUUCCUAGUGGGCCUGCACUUCUCUUUCCAGACCACAGACAAGCUCUACUUUGUGCUGGACUAUGUCAAUGGUGGGGAGCUGUUCUACCACCUCCAACGCGAAAGAGUGUUCCUGGAGCCGCGUGCCCGGUUCUAUGCUGCUGAGAUUGCCAGUGCCCUUGGCUACCUCCACUCCCUGCACAUUGUUUACAGAGAUCUUAAGCCAGAGAACAUCCUUCUAGACUCCCAGGGUCAUAUUGUCUUGACUGACUUUGGCCUCUGCAAGGAAGGGCUGGAAGCAGAUGCAACAACAACCACAUUCUGUGGAACUCCUGAGUACCUUGCACCAGAGGUUCUUCAGAAGCAAGCAUACGACCGCACUGUGGACUGGUGGUGUCUGGGAUCUGUCCUCUAUGAGAUGCUGUAUGGACUGCCUCCCUUUUACAGCCGCAACACUGCUGAGAUGUACAACAACAUCCUGCACAAGCCCCUGGUGCUCAAGCCCAACGUGUCCAAUGCCGGCCGUGAACUACUGGAGGGCCUGUUGCAUAAGGACCGCACCAUGAGGCUGGGAGUCAAGGAUGACUUUCUGGAACUCAAAACUCAUGCCUUCUUCUCACCAAUAAACUGGGACGACCUCAUGGCCAGGAAGAUCAUCCCUCCAUUCGUUCCCUCAGUGUCUGGGCCUACAGACCUGAGGCACUUUGACCCAGAGUUCACCCAUCUGCCUGUGUCCUCGUCCCUGUGCAACGGUGACCAGCAGCAUGUGACCGGCAGCAUGCGUGAGGCCGCCGGUGCCUUCCCCGGCUUCUCCUACGGGCCUACCCACGACCACCUAAUGUAGGUUGCAGCAAAGAACCCGGAUCCCUCGGUGUCAGGCCUGAGUCUGUGCUGCCUCCCGUUCCUGUUCCUCCAUUCUCGACUGGCAGGAGAAGCUGCAGGGGUCAGCAAAUAAAAGUAAUGGAGGCCAUACGCAUGACGAUGGGUCAGAUGUGUAACCAUCACCUCUUCCCAUAGCCUGUCAACGAUGCCCGACUUCCUAAAAGGCAGUACUAAGUGGGACCAUCCCGUCCUGGACUGGACACAAGAAAUCUUUGCACGAGAUAGGAGACGAGCGUGAGGACUGCGUCAUUUAAAAAGAAAAGAAAUAUGAUCUUUCGGCGUUGUCAACACAUCCAAUCGAAUCCUUAGGACUAACAGGAAGUGUGCCAAGUUUGAUAUCAUGGACACGUGGGCCGGCACCUCUGUUGUAACCAUGGAAACACAGCUGCUCUCAGAGUGUGGGUUAGUGUGUGUUGAAGUGCCUGAAUGUUUUUAGGCUGAAAAGCUUUGGAGGAAAACAACUGUGUUUAACACUGACUGCCCAAGUUUUUUAUCCGAUGGUUGACACUGGUGUCAGCUGUGUGCUAUUUGUUGUUUAGUUUUGGCAUAUGAUCAAGAUUUUUACAUGUUCAUCAUAUAUAUAUAUUUUUUCACGAUGGCACAUCCUUUAUGUUGUUACGGUAUGCUUUUUUUUGGUUAUGUUGAUGCUUUAUUGCACUCCAGGAAACAAGGGUCAAGAAAAGUACUGUAUGUGUUUGUGGAUGAAUGGCGAGCAAAGGGUCGUAUAUGAAUCAGACUGCACCAUCUCAAAUAGUUCAUAUCAUUAUACCAUAAUGAGUGAAACAUUUUAACCUAUUAUCAUCUGGUCUGAAAUAUUUAAAUGAACUUAUUUAAUGUUCUGCAUGAACCAGAUAGUACAUCAAAAUCCUGCUCUUCCUAAACUGUUUCAGUUUUAAUUCAUUCAAAGAGUAGGCACUAAUGAUACCCAUGUAGUGGUUUUUGCACCAUGUUUUCCUUAAAAAAACACUCCACCAAGUCUGUUUGUUUUUUUCUAAGUCUUAUAAGUCCACACAUACAUGUAGAAUUUUCUCUUUUUAGGACUGAGUUACAUAACAAUUGAAUACAUUGCAAUUGUAGUUGUAUUAAUAUAUCAUAUUAACAUGAUUAUUUCAAAAUAUAAAAUCCAUGGAAAACCAUGUCUUGUUUUGCCCUACUUAUGCAUUUGUACCCGACUACCGACCAGGUAUUACCUUGGCAUGUGACUUGCUUGUGAAAUAGGAACAAAAACAAUAUUUUAUCAUCAACUAGAAAUGGGGAUGUAGAUUAUAUUUUCUACCAGCAAUAGUAGUACUCGAGUAACCAAAUAUUCUGUAUUUUUAUCAAACUUCUCAGAGUAGCUUACUACAAUGAAAACCAUUGAUUGUACUGAAACCAGAUACAUCAUUGUAGAAAACCUGUAAGUGGUCGUUUUUAAGAGAACUGUUAGAUGUCUGUGUUUGCUGCUGUAUGUGUCUGUGCACAUAGGCCCUGUAGGCCUGGUUCUGACAUGUGUGGACUGUAGAUAUACCCCUUUAGUUCACCUGCAUGAUGUUGGCAAGAAACCCUAAUGCUGUGCAGCAAAAACAACUAGAACAAAUAUGAAGCAUAAGAUCAACAGACUUAUCAAGCAUUGGAGUGACAUUUCACAUUAAGUAAGAGAAAGUAAUCAGGACUUUCUAACUUUAACAUUGAUUGCCCUAAAAUGAUUCUGAAUUAUUGAUGUACAUCUUAGACUUAGACACCUGUUGCAUUUUGACCAACGUUCUCUUGGUUCUGUUCAUUGGAAAUUACAUAUAAAAUGACAAUACUGUUCUAGUUUAUUUUUUUCCAUAUUUGGAAGUUAUCCUGACUUUGUUUUACAUAUUUUUGUGUAUAUUUAUUAUGUCAUGAAUUGUACAUUGAAAGAUUAUUGUAUAAAAUUUGUUGUUGAAAUGAAAGUGAUACAUUUGAAAUGAGACCUAUUAAAGUCAAAUAAAUUUUUAGGAAUUACAUAAA